CUGCAGGCUCUGGGAAAAGGUCCAGCUACAAGUAAAAGCAAAGAUGACCUUGUGGUGGCAGAGGUAGAAAUCAAUGAUGUCCCCCUCACGUGCAGAAACCUGCUGACGAGAGGACAGACUCAGGAUGAGAUAAGUCGACUGAGCGGGGCAGCUGUCUCUACUCGAGGGAGAUUCAUGACUGCAGAAGAGAAAGCAAAAGUGGGACCCGGAGAUCGUCCUUUGUAUCUUCAUGUCCAGGGUCAGACACGGGAAUUGGUUGACAGAGCUGUUAACCGAAUUAAAGAGAUAAUUACUAAUGGAGUAGUGAAAGCAGCCACGGGUUCUAGUCCGACGUUCAACGGAGCUACCGUUACCGUGUAUCACCAGCCAGCCCCUAUUACUCAGUUGUCUCCAGCAGUUGGCCAAAAACCUCCAUUCCAGUCAGGAAUGCAUUAUGUUCAGGACAAGUUAUUUGUUGGUCUGGAACACGCUGUACCUACAUUUAAUGUGAAGGAGAAAGUGGAAGGGCCUGGUUGCUCCUACUUGCAGCACAUUCAAAUUGAAACGGGUGCCAAAGUCUUUCUUCGUGGGAAAGGCUCAGGUUGCAUAGAACCAGCAUCGGGUAGAGAAGCUUUUGAACCCAUGUACAUCUACAUCAGUCACCCAAAGCCAGAAGGUUUGGCAGCUGCUAAAAAGCUCUGUGAAAAUCUAUUGCAAACCGUUCAUGCUGAAUACUCCCGAUUUGUGAAUCAGAUAACCACUGCAGUACCCUUAGCAGGCUUCACACAGCCUGCUGCUAUAAAUAGCGUACCUUCCCAGCCAUCGUAUUACCCUUCCAACGGGUAUCAGUCUGGUUAUCCUGUUGUUCCCCCUCCUCAACAACCAGUUCAGCCACCAUAUGGUGUACCAGGCAUAGUACCACCUGCAGUGCCAUUGGCACCUGGAGUCUUAACAACACUACCUACAGGAGUUCCGCCUGUGCCGACACAGUAUCCAAUAUCUCAAGUACAGCCUCCAGCCAGCACUGGCCAGAGUCCACUGAGUGGUCCUUUUCUUCCUGCUGCCCCAGUAAAAACAACCGUGCCGACUGGUACGCAGCCACAAGUCCAACCCCAUCCCCAAGGUCAAAAGAGACGCUUCACUGAGGAACUGCCGGAUGAGAGAGAGUCAGGACUGCUGGGAUAUCAGCAUGGACCCAUUCAUAUGACUAAUUUAGGUACAGGCUUCUCCAGUCAGAGUGAAAUCGAUGGAGCCGGGUCGAAGUCAGCAAGUUCCUCAGGAAAGGAGAGAGAGAGGGACAGGCAGUUGAUGCCUCCGCCAGCUUUUCCUGUCACUGGGAUGAAAUCGGAAUCUGAAGAAAGAAAUGGUGCGGGGUCUUUACCAGGCAACCAUGAUCAUCAAGCUAAGAAGAUGAAAACUGCAGAAAAGGGCUUUGGAUUAGUGGCAUAUGCUGGCGAUUCAUCAGAUGAAGAGGAGGAACAUGGUGGCCAUAAAAACGCAAGUACUUUUUCACAGGGAUGGAGUUUGGGAUACCAGUACCCUUCUUCACAACAGCGAGCUAAACAACAGAUGCCAUUUUGGAUGGCGCCAUAAAAGCUGCAGAA